GGAGCUGUGGUUGUGACGAUCUACAGGAUGGGUUUUCCUGAAGCUGCCAGUUCUUUUAGAACUCCUCCAAUUGAGGCUGUUCCAACCAGCUCUGCGGUUGAUGGAUUUAAGGCAAAUUUUGUCUUUAAGGAGAUUGAGAAGAAGCUUGAAGAGGAAGGGGAACAGUUUGUGAAGAAAAUCGGUAUUUUUGCCUUCAAGGUGAAGGAUGGCCCUGAGGGUAAAGAAGCCACCUGGGUGGUGGAUGUGAAGAACGGCAAAGGGUCAGUGCUUCCUAACUCAGAUAAGAAGGCUGACUGCACAAGCACAAUGGCUGACUCCGACUUCCUGGCUUUGAUGACUGGUAAAAUGAAUCCUCAGACAGCCUUCUUUCAAGGCAAAUUGAAAGUCACUGGCAACAUGGGUCUGGCUAUGAAGUUACAAAAUCUUCAGCUUCAGCCGGGCAAAGCUAAGCUGUGAAGAACUUUUGCAAAUUAAGAUGAGA